AUGUCUGUUGUUAAGUCUCUUAAAGCCCGGGAAAUUCUCGAUUCCAGAGGAAAUCCCACCGUUGAAGUCGAUCUAGUCACCGAAGCCGGCCUGUUUAGAGCAGCCUGUCCAUCAGGAGCCUCAACUGGAAUUUAUGAAGCCUUAGAAUUGCGAGAUGGAGACAAAAGCCGUUAUUUGGGUAAAGGUGUACUGAAAGCAGUUGAAAAUGUUAACACAGUCGUGAAAAAUGCAGUUGUAGGAUUCGAUACGUUGAAUCAGAAGGAAUUAGAUACCUUGAUGGUACAGAAAUUGGACGGCACGCAGAAUGAAUGGGGAUACUGUAAGUCAAAACUUGGAGCAAACGCAAUCUUGGUAGUAUCAAUGGCAGCAGCCAGAGCAGCAGCAGCCAAAAAGGGAGUCCCACUCUACGUUCAUCUAGCUCAACUGGCAGGAAAACCGACAGACAGAUUUGUAUUGCCAGUACCAUGCUUGAACGUUAUUAACGGAGGAUCACACGCUGGAAACAGCCUGGCUAUGCAAGAGUUUAUGAUCCUGCCAACUGGAGCCAACACUUUUAGAGAAGCAUUGCAAAUGGGGGCAGAAGUUUAUCACACCCUGAAAUCGGUCAUAAAGAAGAAGUACGGCCAAGACGCAACAAACGUGGGAGAUGAAGGAGGCUUUGCACCCAAUAUCAAAUCAGCAGAAGAGGCUCUAGAUCUCCUAGUUGAUGCAGUUAAAAAGGCUGGAUUUGAAGGGAAAGUCAAUUUUGCCAUGGAUGUCGCAGCAUCAGAAUUCUAUGUGAAAGAGAAGUCAUCAUACAACCUUGGAUUCAAAUGCGAAAAGGAACUCCUGAAAACUGGAGACGAAAUGGUUGAAUAUUACACAAGCCUGUGUGAAAAAUACCCAAUUGUUUCCAUAGAGGACCCUUUCGACCAAGAUGACUGGGAAUGCUACAACAAGCUUACGUCAAAGCUUGGACAAAAGGUCCAGAUUGUGGGAGAUGAUCUUCUCGUAACAAACCCCAAAAGGAUUCAAACGGCACUGGAAAAGAAGGCUUGCAACGCACUUUUGCUCAAAGUAAACCAGAUUGGAUCAGUGACUGAGUCAGUUGAAGCCUGCUUACUGGCCCACAAAAACAAUUGGGGAGUCAUGGUUUCACAUAGAUCAGGUGAAACUGAGGACACAUUUAUUGCAGACUUGGUGGUGGGACUUUCAACAGGUCAAAUCAAAACAGGAGCACCAUGCAGGAGUGAAAGAAACGCCAAGUAUAACCAGCUUUUGCGCAUCGAAGAAGAGCUUGGACCCAAGGCCACCUACGCAGGAGUUAACUUCAGAAACUUGUCCCACUAA